CCAGUCAGUCAGUCAGUUUCUCAAUCGAGGAACGUAUCUGUGCGUUUCAUUCAGAAAUUUCGUCCCAACUUCCACAGCCUCCCAAUCGUUGUUUUCCGUCGUGUGGCUCGAAAAGUUAUCACAACUUUUCGGAUGCUGGAAAAUGAGAGUGAGGAAGAUUGUGGUCCACCCGGGAGAGAGAAAACAAAAGACCGAGAGAGAAGCUGAGUGAAAAAUGCUGGGUUAGAAAUUGCGAAAAUUGUAUUCUUCUGACUGAACCAGAGCAGAAGCAGAACACACUGACUAUUUUGUCCUCGCCCUUUGUCAAUCUUUGACUGUUUCGGGAUGAUACGAUGUACGCGUUCGCCUUUUUUUAGUGGUCCAUUUUGGAAAAAGUUGAAGAUUUGAGUUGAGUUUCUAGUUCGGCAGUGGAAAAUUUGCUUUUCUAGUCGUAUUUGGUGUUUUGAAAAGUUCAUUUUUUUAUCGUGAUUGCUCAAUAAUUACUCAAAUGUGAUCAAAGUAGUCCGUCUAGCAACAAAAAAAGCACAACUAAAGAUAUGCAUUUAAAAACAGUAAACUUUCACACAAGGCCUACUAUUCCUGUUCUUCGUCGAACGUGUUACAGUAUUGUUGUGAGUAGCAUUUCGUAUGCCGAUCGAUUGGUUCUUGCUAGAAGUAACAGCAUAGGAUUAGAAACCGCAUGUGCCAUGUUUUAAAAGUUCAACUCGCAGCGUGCAGCAUUUAUUGAUUUAAAGGUUUUUAACCGGUGAAAAUUGACACCCAGAACAUACUCGUAUGGGUAAAAAGUUUUAAAAAAUUGUGUUGAAAAAAAACCGUACCAACAUGUGGUCCCCCGAAUCGGAAAUCAGCUCGAUAGCCUUCACGACGAUGCGCCACUCGUUGUCGGCGUCUUCCGGCAUAUCGUCACUGUCUAGCUGCGGAGAUCCGGAACGACUUCCAGAGCUGCCUCCAGGCGACGAGCAGCGCCUCCAAAGGGCAGCACUUAAUCUCCAGCAGAAGCUCAUCCUCCGAGAAUGGCUCAAGGAACAUCGCCUGCAGCAUCACUAUUCCAGGUUGGUUUCCAUCGAGGUCACUUCACUGGAAGAUGUCUACUGGUUGGAGGAUUCCCGAGCCAGUCAAAUCUUGGGCAAGGAUUCGUCCAUAUGGUCCCAGGCCCGGCAAAAGCUGCCCACAUCCAAGGCGAACUUGGAAGCCCUCAAAGCCGACCUGUGGUCUACGGUCGUCAAAUCCAGCCAACAUCAGGACGCCUGGACAUGGGGUGGGAUGCUGGUUGUGUCGGUCUCGGUGGCCGGUCUGGUAACCCUGGCGGCAAUGACCCAACCUUCUUUGGCUCCCGAAGCACGACAUUCACUGCUGCAAUACGUCACCGGAAAGUAUCUGCUUCCGGCUAACUGUAAGGUUCACUGGGACUGGCAGGAUCCAGCAAUCGUCGGUGGAACCAUGUGCUUUACCGUACGUUUUCAUCAGCGGAAUGGCCAAGCCUAUCCCAUCUGUGAUACCGAUCAAUUCUUUGUCGAGGUCACCGAAGGCAAUCGGAAGAUUAUCACCAUCAGUGAACUUGGUUCUCCGACAGAUCCAAAUAAUGCCAACAUUGCCAAGAUCAAGUUUACGGUUCGAACUGCCGGUCAGUACAAAAUCUCUGUUAUGAUUGGAUCCAGUCACAUUGCCGGGUCACCCUUUCUCAAAACAUUUAUCCCUGGCCCUAUGGACGCCCGAAGAUCACGACUGAUUCGUCCAGCCAGUACGGUUGUUUGCUGUGCCGGUGCUCCAACAUUCUUGCACAUUGAACCCCGUGAUGAACAUGGCAACACUUGUCAGUUCACCACUGAAUGUGAUCCCAUAAAGGGGUACAACAUCGAAAUAUUUGAUCUACAUGGCAACCCUAGUGAUAAGCAUUGCAAUGCAAUUACGCUGUCGUACGACAAAGUCAACGCCCGGAUCAGCCUCACAGCGCUCUUCCCUGAACCAGUCUGCCUUCGGGCGGUCAUAAGCUAUGCCAACCACCAGAUCCCGAACGGAGAUUUCGAUAUCAUUGUUCUGAGCAGCAGUGAUACGACCUUAGUACAUAAGAAUAUUGCUUCCAGGAAGCACAACAUUUGCUAUGAAGCCAAACUUUUUGGAAUCUUUGGUCAGCAAAAAUGGUCCAAACCUCGCAAGGUGCUAUGCUACGUGGGCCCCAAGCAGGUCACGAUCAAAGAAAUGAUCCUGAAAAUCAUUCCCAAACGGAUUGCCACUUUUCGGCUUUGCCCGUCAACAAAGUUCCAGUUUCUGCCACCGUCCAACAUUCAGCUGAACAACAACCACGGGGCCAUCUUCAUCAUCGACGAUGGCUGCCAGCCCAAGAUCGAGCUGGCCUCCAAGGAUCGCAACGUGAUUGCGGCCACCUUCACACACUUCCUGCUCAAGAACAUUGGCGGAUCGGAAACGUUCAAGGACAAGCAGGACUUUUUCUACCACGAAGUAAGACUAGUACGAAAAUUCCAUUCCAACUACUACCAUGAGAAGAUUUCCCUCAAGGUGCAGCGGGACAAGAUUCUCGAGUCCAGCAUGAAGGCCACCAAACAUUUCUCGGUUUCCGAUUGGUGUGGCAACUUUGAGGUUACAUUCCAGGGUGAACAAGGUAUCGAUUGGGGUGGCCUUCGGCGGGAGUGGUUCGAGUUGAUCUGCAGUGCCCUGUUCGAUCCUCGCGGUGGGCUGUUCUGUACAUUCCACGACAAACGGCAAGCCCUGGUUCACCCGAACCCAAACCGACCGGCUCAGCUCAAGCUGAAGUAUUUCGAGUUUGCCGGGAAAGUCGUAGGAAAGUGUCUCUAUGAAAGUGCACUCGGAGGAACCUACCGGCAGUUGGUGCGAGCUCGUUUCUCCCGAUCGUUCCUAGCUCAACUGAUCGGUCUGCGAGUGCACUAUAAAUACUUCGAACAGGACGACCCGGAUCUUUAUCUUUCCAAAAUUAAGUACAUUCUGGACACCGAUCUGGAUGCUAGCGAUAAUCUAGAGCUGUACUUUGUCGAGGAAAUCUACGACACCAGUGGACAGCUGGUCAAGACUAUCGAGCUGAUCCCGAACGGGGCCAAAACUAGGGUCACCAAUGCGACCAAAAACCAGUAUUUGGAUGCCUUGGCACAGCAGCGACUAUGCAAUAGUGUACGUGAAGAGGUCGACAGCUUUCUAAAAGGACUGAACGGAAUCAUUCCGGACAAUCUACUCAGCAUUUUCGACGAGAAUGAACUGGAGCUACUCCUUUGUGGAACUGGUGAAUAUUCUAUUGCCGAUUUCCGAGCCAACCACAUAAUCAAUGGAGGAUCGCCCGAGUUUCGAAGAGUUCUGGGCUGGUUUUGGGCUGCCGUCGGUAACUUUUCCCAAACCGAAAUGGCUCGAUUGCUUCAAUUCACCACGGGUUGUUCACAGCUUCCUCCUGGCGGGUUUCAGGAAUUGAACCCACGGUUCCAAAUCACUGCAGCUCCAACGUUUGGUAAUCUUCCUACUGCUCAUACGUGCUUCAAUCAGCUCUGCCUGCCAGAUUACGAGAGUUACGAGCACUUUGAGCGGGCCUUGAUGUUUGCCAUCAGCGAGGGAACCGAAGGAUUCGGAAUGGUCUAAAAUUCAUCGAUAGAAAACGAGUAACACCAAAAUCUAAAAGGAAAAAACCUUUAAAUGCAUUAUAAUUGCAACAGCAACAAUAGUCCUGAAGUCCAAUGCACAAAUGUGAAAUCAAAUGACCAAAACCACAAACCACAUAUUGUCAAUUCUCUGACAUGAAUAAUACAGAUCGUAAUCGAAAAACACAAACAUAUACUUGACAAAACAUUGAUAGUUGAUUUCAGAAUAUUUCAACCUAAUAAUUUAUUCUUAACAGAAAAUUAAAGUGCAGUUCAGCCGCCUAGUUCCGUAGAACAAGUUCAACAGAUUGAAACCAAACCUGUUUAUUCGGUGCAAUUGAUUCCUGUAAAUCGCUUUUGCAAUAAUAGCAGUUUUAAAUUUAUGAUAGAAUCAACAAAAUCUUUCUUGAUGCGCGCAUUUACACUUUUAGAGUUUCAUCGCAGAAUCAAGUCAACAGCAAUCGGUCCACACUUUCCAUAAACAAUAUUGGUGCCAAAAGCAAACUCAUUCGAAAGGUGCAAGUUAGUUGGUCAAUUCAUCCCACGUAGCGGCCGUUCCUCCCUUCAUUUACUCCAAAUAAUAGUGCCAAAACAUCACCCUCAUACUAUCCUUUCCACGACCAGAUAGGUCUUGUCCAAGAAAUGUCAUUUGGGAAACAAUAUUUCAAAAUGCGCCUUAAAAAUCUACUAAAGAAAUAGAAAAAAAGCAGAGUUACAAAUCUUUUUAAGAGAUUUAGCCGAUAAUUAAUAAAUUGAAGAGAGAAAAUCUCGUAAAGGCAUAAUUUAAAACAUAAUAAUUCAAGGUAGCAAAAAUAAGUAACAAAUUUGUGAUUUGUAGUUCUGUAAGCGUUAAUUGGAAUAUACCAAACAUUAAAAUUAAUAUUAUAAAACUCAUUUCCAAACACACAUAAACACAAAACACAUAAUCAUCGCUCACACGAAACGUAUCAGACAGAAAAACAAAACCGCAAGCAAACAUUUCACUGAAUAUCUCCAUCAAUCGAUGAGUUUAGAGGAAAUCGGAAGUAAAAAGCUUUAGCAAAGAGGCGGAAGAUAGGUAAACGAAAGCUGGGGAAAGAGAGUAAAAAAGAAAUAUUACAGAUCAUUCCAUGUCAAGCAAAGAUUUCAAGCCGACGGAAGGGGACGGAAUACAAAACCAAGCACAACAUUGUAGAAUUAUAAGUAUAAAAAGUACGGAAGAAUCUGACACAAAAACUCUGAUUCUGUGAUAGUUCAAAAAGAAAACCAAAAUAAACUUAAACUAAGAGAUAAAACCGAUAAGAAAUUAUGGAUGGUUCUUAUUUCGUCGUAGGUUCAAUAAUAAAAGAAAUUAUGAGCAUUUUAUCAACAGUUAUAGUUUUUACUAAAAAUAAGAAAACCAAUGUCGAGAGACGCAACAUUACUUCUUUCAUUUUUUAUAUCCUGCAGCUAAACUAUUCAUGUAUCCAAUCGCGUCAAAGUUGUUCUCUACAGUUUCCAACUCAAUCGGAAUCCACUUUUACCAGUUGAUUUUUCAAGCCAAAAGCUCGUCACAAGUUAUAGCAACUGAGCUUUUCAUUCAUACUUUGCGUGCUAUAAUACUGGAGAUAGGAAAACUCGAAGUACCGAUGUGAAAAAAUGAAAGCAAAUCACCCUGGGUGACAACAUCUAAACAAAUGCAGUUAUUUAUUCACGCGAAGGUUACUUUCGCUUUGAUUCAAACCGGAUUAAAAAUUCUUCAACAAAACUAGCAUGAAAAAAAAUAGAUUUCCACAGUUGAACCAAAUCAAAAUGCGUAGUAAUAAGAAAAAAAUAUUACACCAAUAAAUUGUAAUUGGAUUCGAAAAAUGUGGUUGCAAAACGAUAUUUGCUAAAAUAACCUUGGGAUAGAAAAUUCGACAAAUGAAUAAAUAUAUUAAUAAAUAUACCUUCAUUAAGUAGAACAAACACUA